AAGAAGAUAUGGCAGAGGCUGCUGUUUCCUUUGUGAUUGAAAGGCUUGGAGAGUUGGUACUCAAUGAAGCUAAUUUCUUGUGUGGAGUCAGAGGCCAAGUCGUGGAUGCACAGACCAAGCUGCAAUGGAUGUGUGCUUUCUUAAAAGAUGCCGAUGCUCAUGUAAGAGAUGGCGAUGAGAGAGUGCGCCUUUGGGUUGUCCAAGUCAGAGAUAUUUCUCAUGACUUGGAGGAUGUUAUUGAAACUUACAUCUUGAGAGUGAUUUCUAAGAAGAAUAGCAGAGGUGUCAUAAGUGUACUCAAAAGAUAUGCUUGCAUCUUGAAGGAAGGGAUUGUUGUCCAUAAAGUUGGAUCAGAGAUUGAGAGGAUCUCAUCCAGCAUUGUUACUUUGACAUCAAAUUUACAAGCAUACGGUAUAAGGGAAUUAAGGGUCAAAGAAGGUGAUACUUCUUCAAGGCAUAUCAAGGAGCAAAGAGAGUUGAGGCGAGCUUAUUCUCAUAUUGUGGAGAAUGAUGUUGUUGGAUUCGACCAAGACAUCAAAGAACUGGUAGCCCUUUUGACUACGAAAGAGAAUCAUCGUAGUCAUAGGGUGAUCUCUGUAUGUGGGAUGUGUGGUUUGGGGAAGACUACUCUUGCAAGAAAGGUUUAUCAACAUCCUCAAGUUAGAAGUCGCUUUGAUUGUUUUGCUUGGGCCUCAAUAUCUCAACAAUGUGUAGUACAAGACGUUUGGAAAGGGAUUUUAUUUGGCUUCAUGACUUCUCCCACACGAGCAGGACGACAGGAAAUCGAAAGCAUGAGUGAGAGUGAAUUAGUCAAGAAGCUUUACUACUUUCAGAAACAGAGGAAAUGUUUGGUGCUCCUUGAUGAUAUUUGGACCACUUCAACUUGGGGUCGUCUAAAAGCUGCGUUCCCUCAAGAGGAAACAGAUAGCAAGAUUUUACUCACUUCUCGGGUAAAGAAUGUAGCUUUGCAUGCUGAUCAAAAUGGUUUUAUCCAUGAACCUCACUGUCUCAACGAGAACGAGAGCUGGGAGCUAUUUCAGAAUAAAUCUUCACGUUUUGGAGAGGACCAAACAAGUAAUAUACUUCGCUAUCUCUAUUAUAUAAACUCAAAAGAUAGAGAAAGAAUGGAAGUACUAGGGCGAGUAAUGCUUAUACACUGCUUUGGUUUGCCAUUAGCCAUCAUCGUGCUCAGUGGGCUUCUAUCUACGAUGCACACAGUUCAUGAGUGGGAAGAGAUGAAUGAAAAUGUAAUGAGAUACAUAACUAAAGGCAGAGAACAUGAUGACUCAAAAUACCAUGGUGUUUCAUCAGUGUUGGGUUUGAGUUAUGAUGAAUUACUAUUUUACUUGAAGCCUUGUUUUCUGUAUUUGUCUCGUUACCCUGAAGACUCUGAAAUACAAGUAAAAGAAUUAUGCCUCACCCUGAUAGCAGAAGGUUUUAUAUUGCUAAGAGAAAGUUCAAUGAAAACUAUUGAGGAUGUGGCAUAUGAUUGGUUAACUGAGUUGGUGGAAAGGAGCAUGGUUCAGGUUGAAAAUUGGGGUUUAAAUGGAAGAAUAAAAUCAUUUCGUAUUCAUGAUCUCAUGCGAGACUUGUGCUUGUCUAAAGCUCAAGAUGAAAGGUUUUUGCAAUUUAUUGAUUUGAGGAAUAGAGAGCAGCCCCUAGAAGCUGUAUCUUCAAAUGUAAGGAGAGUUGCCAUUUAUUUUGACCAUGACGAUGAAGAUGAAGAUGAUCGUGUUGAUGAUUUUUUUUGUUUUGUUAAUAAUACCAGUGACUCUCUUAGGUGUCUUAUUGUAGAUAAUGUUUAUCCCCCCAAAAACCAAGUAUUGAGACCUGUACUCGAUCGUUUUCUCAAACUUAGAGUCUUAAAGCUAAGUUUUCGUUAUGGUAAUGUAGGAGAGAAGUUGCCUAAAGAAAUUGGAAAGCUUAUUCACUUGAGGUUGCUUAGUAUUGAAAGUUGUAUUAAAGGUGAAAUUCCAUCUUCUAUUGGAAAUUUGAGAUGUCUGCAGACUUUAAAGUUACCACGAAAUAGGAAAGUACCAAAUGUAGUGUGGAAGUUAGAACAAUUAAGGCAUUUCUACUUGUACAACAUGUAUGCAAAUAAUCCAUAUGAUGUAGCAUUUGGCAAAUGGUUGAGGUUACCUAAUCUUAGAAAUUUACAAACAUUAGCAGGUGUUCAAACCAACUACCUUGACUGGAAUGAUUUUCUACAGUUGACCAAUCUAAAGAAAUUAAAGAUUGAAGUGGAAAAAGAUUCAGGGAGAAUUGACCACAGUCCCCCAACUGUCACAUUCAAUAGUCUUCGGCAUUUACAAGUAAGCAAUGAUGAAGACAUCAUGAUAAAUAUUGUUCCUAUCAUACUAAGCUAUCCUCAAAUUAAUAAGCUCAAACUGUGGUUGCGCAUGGUAAAAUUACCAGAACACAAGCAGUUCUCCCCAAACCUUAUUAAGUUAGUAUUGGUUCAUACUUAUCUCAAGGAUGAUCCAAUGCCAAUCCUAGAAAAGCUACCAAAGUUAAGAGUCCUUUGCAUUUAUGAUUCUAGCUUUGUGGGGAAUGAGAUGGUGUGCUCAAACGGAGGCUUUCCUCAGCUAGAAUCUCUUCAGAUUAAGUACAUAAUUGACUUAAAAGAGUGGAAGGUGGAGGAAGGGGCCUUGUCUAAUCUUCGCCUUUUGAGGAUCAGUAAUUGUUGGAGAUUCAGGAGAGUUCCAGAUGGACUAAGAUACAUUACUACGCUUAAGGAAAUGAAGAUUGAAGGGAUGCCUAGGGAAUUCAAAGAAAACUUGGAGGAAGGAGGAGAGGAUUUCUACAAAGUCCGCCAUGUGUCAUCUCGUGUAUUUCUGAACUGUGAUGAAGUUUGGGAAGAAUACAGGAGAAAAAGAACAGUAGCAGGGGAAAUGAUUGCAUAUUAAGUAGUGGUGCUUUGCCAUUAGCCAUUACAGUGCUGGGAUAUGGCUUUUGACCUGUAAACAAGCACAAGAAUACACAAGCCAUCGGCUGAGAUAUGUUAUCAGUCUCAAUUAAGGAAAUUGUGAUCAAACACAAGCAAUUUGGACUAGAAGGAGAAGAUUUCUACAAACAAAGUCCAGGUUUUGAAGUAACCGGCCUUCUGUCGAAUGCUCUUAGCUACUCUUCCACAAAAGGACUACCAGCCAAUUGAAUACAUCAUUUAAUAAAAAAAAAUCCAUAAUGAACAACAACUUUUGCUAACAAUAUAAUUUAAUAAAGUCAUUUAGCAGAAAUAUUUUACCGGUUAGAGCACA